AUGCAUUCGAAGGGCAAACGAACUUUGGGUACUAUAAAAUGAUGAAUUAUUUAGGCCCAAUUUAAAAAAUCAAUACCCCUUCUUUUGAUUUUCAAUCAGCUUUUAAGGAACAUCAGGAAGUAGAGGAAAGGAUUAAAAAAGAAACUGAAACUCAAGAUCCUAGGUAUUAUAACUCAUAAAUAUUCAAGGAAACUUGUAAUGAAUCUAUUGAACGAUAGAGACAAUUUGCAAGCCAUAGAUGGCACUUUAACUAGUUCAUAAUUUGGAAUGAAGAAAAAGGUAAUUCUAAAUAUAUAAUAUAAUGAUAGAUAAAUAUACGUACAACUAGAUAAGUGAAAAGUUAAGUACCUUUAUUAACUGGUUAGAUGAAGAAUAUGACUUCACUUAAUUUUAACUCUCCAUCUUAAACAUUGAAAUUUGAUAUGGAUUCAUAAUUUAAUUCCAAAAGAUCAAAUUUCAUACCUAAUUUUAUAAAUUCAGGUAGAAAUUUUGAUGUAGAAGUAAAAGGAACAUUAGGAGAGGAAUUCACUGAAUUUUAAAUGUGUAAUUUAAUUAAUUCAAUUAUUAGAUGAUGAUGAUUCAUAACCAGAAGACAUUCCAAAAAAUAAAAAUUUUUCUAAUGGAGGUAGAAUGGCAAAUAAAAAAUUAAAGGAUUAUGAUUGUUGGGAUGAAGAUAAAACUCCUGAAUAAUGGAUUGAAUUAUGUCGUAAAACGAAUCCUCCACAUGCUAAGUGUCCACUCUUUGAUCAUUCAGAUAGAUAUAUUUGGACGGAUGUUGAAGUUCUUAACUAUUAAAAUGGACGUUAUGAAGUGAAGGUUUUGAGAAACAAUAAAAUCAAAUGGAUUGGAAGACUCUCUCUAUUAUUCUUUGCAGAAGACCCAAUUAAAUUUGAAUAGAGAGUUGAAUUAUGUAAAUAAAGAUAAAGAAAUGCUGAUGAUGAAUAUAGAUUUCUUAAAUAUAUAGAGUCUUUACCUGAUUCAAUGACAUCUACUUUAUCUACUGAAAUGUAAAAGAAAAUAGAUGAAUUCACAUAUUUCAGAGAAUUACCUUAUUUAACAAAAGAAGAUCCUAGUAAAACUGCUCCAGGAUUUCCAUAAAUCUAAACUUUGAAAGAUGAAUCAAAAACUAUGAUUACUGAUCCAGAAAUAAAAAGAAAGUAAUUGUAAAAUUUAGAUCUACUUAAAAAAGAUCUAGUUAAAUAAGUAGAAAAAGAAUAUAUUAUGCUUAUGAAGAAAUGUUCUAUUCUAAAAGAUAUGGAAAUUAAUAAAAAUGAUAUUAAAUGGAUAUAACUUAGAAUCAGAAAUAGAUUUGAAUAAACUAAAAAACCAUUCUAUGGAUUAUGUAAAUAAUUUGGAAGUGAUACAAAAAUCAUUAUUUAUGAAUCAUAGGCACAAUCAAAUAAAUCAUUUAAUAAAUUGUAAGAUAUUUGGGCAUUUGUUCCUAUUAGAUCAAUUAUUUAAUCAUUACAUUAUUCUAAAUUAACAGUUGUUGUUAAUACUCUUAAUGCAUUAACUGCAAGAUCUUAAUUAUAUCAAAAUUUCCCUUUAUUAAAUGUAUUAUUAAAUCAUUAAUCACUUCCUAUGACUUUAUCCAAUUUUGAAAGUCAAUAAAAAUAACAUUAAGUUUAAGGUAGAUAAACUUUAUAAGUUUAAUGGAGAAGUACCAUUGUUGGUGAUAUACAAGAUAAAUUAAGAGAAAAAUAUAGAUUCUAUUAAACUGAAACUGAAGAUUAUUUAGAUAGUGAUUUAUAAAAAUUACUUAUUAGAAUUGAUUAUAUGUUUACUAAUUAUAUAAGAGAGAAUGUAGUCAAAUAGAAUUGUAUAGCAUGGGUUGAUUUUAUUAAGAAAUUUACAACUCCAAAAUAAGGAGAAUAUUGGAGAAUUAAUGAUUAUCCACUUAUGAUUCUUAAUCUUGAAGUUAAUCUUAAUUUCAAAAAAAGUAAAAAAAAUGAAAAAAAAGUCAAGUAAGAUGAUACUCCAUUACUUGAUGAGGAUCCAAUUAAUGCUAUAUAUUAUUCUCCUAGUUUAUAAGCUAUUUAAAAUGCUCUUUUGAAACCAUUAGAUCUAUUAUUAGAAUCAGUUAAUUCUUUUAAUCGUUUAGAAAAAGAUCUUGUUCCUUUAGUUGAUAUUGAUUAAAAAAAAGAAGUUAAAGGAAGAUUAAGAGCCUAUGAAAUAGAAAAUGAUUAAGAUUAAAUUUGGGUUAAAUGGGCAAGAGAUAAAAUUUUGGAGUACAUUGAAAUAGGAUUUUAGAAACCGAAUGAAAUGCUUUAACGUUUUAGAGAAUACAGUUUUCUUUUAGAAAAACCAGUUUCAAGCAUAUUAAAGAGUUUAUUUGGAGAUAUUUCUAAGAAACCUAUCAUUACUUCUUUGGAUAAGGAUGAUAUCUAAAAAAAAUUAAAUGAUUUUAUUAAUGCUAAAUUGUAAAUACAAAGAUUAUGUUUGGAUGAAAAGAAUGAAUAAUUCUUUUAAAUUAGAACUAGAAUUGCUAAAGAAAAUUUAAUUUAAAAAGCAAAUGAAUUUGUGUCAUCUAUUUUGAAAUAAUGUUCAGAAAUAGUUACAGAUAACAUAAGUCGUCUUAGUGUUGAGUAUACUGAUAUGAGUGAAAGAAUAACUAAGUAACCAAAAAAUGAGGCAGAAUUAGUUGAAUUAAAAACUUAUAUUGCUGAGCAUGAAGUUAAUUUAGCCAAAAAGAAACGAGAAGUUGAUUGUUUAUAUGAUUAUUUGACAAUCUUUGAAGAAAUGAACCAUACAUUUGAAGACAAAAAUCUUUAUGAAUUUUGGAAUUUGUAUAGUUUCCCACCAGAAAUUAAAAAUCAUGUUAUUGAAGGAUAGAGAAAAGCUAAUCUAUAAGAAUAAAAGUUCAUAGAAAAUUUGGAUAAUGAAAAAGAUAAAUUUUAAGGGGAAUUAAGAGAAUUAGCUGAAUUAUAUCUAACAGUUUAGAAAUUUGAAGAUUACACAAAAGCAAAAGAAAAUGCUACUGAAGUGAUGUUAUUAAAUGAAAGAUUAUAGAAAGCUAAGGAAAAAGUGGAAUCCUUUAAUGAAAGAGAAAGAUUAUUUAAAUCACCAGAAUCUGUAUAUGAUGAAUUAGAAUAAUUAAUUAAAAACUUUACUAUUUAUUAUAAUUUAUGGACUUAUUUCAUUGAAUUUGAAAUGGAAAAAGGUGAUUGGUGCACUGGAUCAUUUUUAAAACUUAAUUUUACUGAAAUUGAUUAAAAAGUAAGAACUAAUUAAAGAAAUGUGAAUAUUCUUAUUAAAGCAUUCUCAGAUACAGGAGAUGAUACAGCUGUUGAAGUUGCGAGAAAACUAAAAAGUUAGAUUGAUGAAUUUAAAGAAAAACUGUGGUUAAUUGAAUUACUUACUACAGAAGCUAUGAAAAUUAAAUUAAAUAUGUGGAAGGAUAUUUGGAAGAUUGUUGAUUAACAAGAUUAAGAAACAAAUGAUGAUUUAUCAUUAGAUACACUUGUGUCACAUGGUUUAAUGAAUCAUAGAAAUGAAAUAGAAGAAGUAUCAAGAAGAGCAGAAAAACAAUGGUAAAUUGAAAAAAAUCUUAAUUUAAUAUAAGAAAAGUUAAAAGAUUAAAAGGUUGAAAUGAUUCCAUAUAAAAAGACAGGAACUUUUGUUUUAAAAUCUCUUGAAGAAGUAGUUUAAUGUUUUGAUGAUUAAUUCAAUAUAUUAUUAAUGUUAAAAGCAUAGCCAUAAAUUAAGGCAGUUUUACAUAAGGCUUAAGCUUUAGAAUAUAAAAUAGUAUUGAUUUAAGAUACACUUGAUGGAUGGAUAAAAUGUCAAAGAGGCUGGAUGUAUUUAGAACCAAUCUUUACAUCAGAUGAUAUUAAAAAGAAAAUGCCUUAAGAAACACUAAAGUUUUAAAAAGUUGAUUCACAUUGGAGAACUGUAAUGGAAUAAUUUAGCAAAGAACCAAAUUUAUGGGAUGGAGUUGAGAGUGAUAAAAUGAAAAAUGAAUUUGAUUAAGAUAAUAAGGCUUUGGAUUAGAUUUAGAAAUCUCUUAGUGAAUAUUUAGAAACUAAACGUAAUUCUUUUCCAAGAUUUUACUUUUUGUCUGAUGAAGAAUUAUUAGAAAUUUUAGCUUAGACUAAAGAUCCUGAAACUGUAUAAAAGCAUAUUAAUAAAUGUUUUGAAGCUAUAAAUUUAUUGGAAUUUGUUAAUGGAUAAGAAGUAGUAGCUAUGAUAUCGGCUGAAAAAGAAAAAGUUCCUUUUUCAAAAGCCAUAAAUGUCAAUGAGGGAGAUAAAAAAGGAAAUGUUGAAAAAUGGUUAUGUGAAAUUGAAGCUGUGAUGAUAGAUACUCUAAAAAAGAUUAUGAAAGCAUCUCAUUUAGAUGUAGAUACUAAAAGAGUGGUUUGGGUCAGAAAAUGGCCAGCAUAAAUUGUAUUAGCUGUCAAUAUGAUCAGAUGGACUCGAGGUAGUGAAACAUCUAUAAAUGAUAAAGAUAAUUCUCAUGGAGGAUUGGCAGGUUUCCUCCAAAUAUUAUUAAAUGAACUAAGAGAUAUAGUAGAUUUAGUUAGAUAAGAUUUAUCUCCAUUAGAAAGAUUAACUUUGGGAGCUUUGGUUGUGUUGGAUGUUCAUGCUAGAGAUGUUAUAAGAUAGUUAGUUAAGAUUGGUUGUAAUGAUAUUAAUAACUUUUAAUGGAUGGCUUAAUUAAGAUAUUAUUGGACUGAAUAAUUGAUGAAAUGUAAUGUUAAAAUGAUAAAUGCUGAUUUAUUAUAUGGUAAUGAAUAUUUAGGUAAUAGUAUGAGAUUGGUUAUUACACCUUUGACAGACAGAUGUUAUCGUACUUUAAUGGGAGCAUUUCAUUUAUAAUAUGGAGGUGCACCAGAAGGUCCUGCAGGAACAGGUAAAACAGAAACAGUAAAAGAUUUAGCUAAGGCAUUAGCAGUAUAAUGUGUAGUUUUUAAUUGUUCUGAUGGUUUGAAUUAUUUAGCUAUGAGUAAAUUCUUUAAAGGUUUGGCAAGUUCAGGAGCUUGGUGUUGUUUUGAUGAAUUUAAUCGUAUUGAUUUAGAAGUGUUAUCAGUUAUUGCUUAAUAAGUACUUACUAUCUAAGAUGCUAUUAAAUAAAAGAGACCAGAAUUUGAAUUUGAAGGAACUCCAAUUAAACUUGUUCCAUCAUGUGCAAUAAAUAUAACAAUGAAUCCAGGAUAUGCUGGAAGAUCUGAUUUACCUGAUAAUUUAAAAGCUUUAUUUAGACCAUGCGCUAUGAUGGUUCCAGAUUAUGCAUUGAUUUCAGAAAUAUAUUUAGCCUCUGUAGGAUUUUAAGAUGCAAAUAAUUUAGCUCGUAAAAUUGUAGCUUCAUUAAGAUUAUCAUCAGAAUAAUUAUCAUCAUAAGAUCAUUAUGAUUUUGGUAUGAGAGCAUUGAAAGCUAUUUUGACAGCUGCAGGUAAUUUAAAGAGAGUAAUGAAUGAUAUUGAAGAUAUUAUUUGUUUAAGAGCUCUUAUGGAUGUCAAUAUUCCAAAAUUCACAAUAAAUGAUGUACCUCUAUUUAAUUCAAUCACAUCAGAUUUGUUUCCAGGAAUUAAGUUACCUGAAUAAGAUUAUGGAGCAUUGGAAACAGCUCUCAAAAAUAUAGCUUAAGAGAUAAAUAUUCAAGCAGAAAAAGGUUUUAUUGAAAAGUGUAUUUAAUUAUUUGAUACCAUAAAUGUUAGACAUGGUUUAAUGAUUGUAGGAUAAGCUUUCGCAGGUAAAUCUAAAGUUUUAGAAUGUUUGGGUAAAGCAAUGUCAUCAUUAAAUAAAAUAUAAUCAUUUGUAAAUGUUGCUGUGAUAAAACUUAAUCCAAAAUCAAUUACUUCAGAUUAAUUAUAUGGUAAAUUGGAUCCAGAUACAAAAUCAUGGACUGAUGGAGUCAUAGCUAUUAUAAUGAGAUAGUGUGCAUAAGAUGCAGAAAUUGAAGAAAGAAAAUGGGUUGUGUUUGAUGGACCUGUUGAUGCAGUUUGGAUUGAAAAUAUGAAUACUGUUUUGGAUGAUAAUAAAAAGUUAUGUUUGACAUCUGGUGAAAUCAUAAAAAUGACAAAUUGGAUGACUAUGAUGUUUGAAGUAGAAGAUCUUUCAGUUGCAUCUCCUGCCACUGUUAGUAGAUGUGGUAUGGUCUUUUUAGAGACAUAAUAAAUUGGAUGGUAUGCAUUAGUGAAAUCAUAUAUUUUAACAAUUCCAGAGAAAUUUAUAGAACAUCAUUAUUUAGAUGAUCUUUUAAGAGUUUUAAUUGAUUGUUGUUAAGAAUGGUUAAGAAAGAAUGGUAAAUUUCCAAUAUAUAAAAGUGAAAUGACAUUAGUGAAAAAUAUGUUACUAAUAUUGUAAACAUAUGUAUAGGAAUGGACAGAUAUUGAUGAGAAAGCAUAAUAAAAAUAAAUAAAUCAUAAUGAAAUUAAAGAUAUCAUUUCAAAAGCAAUAUUAUUCUCUUGUGUUUGGAGUUUUGGAGCUGCUAUUGAUGAAGUGUGUAGAAAACAAUUUAAUUAAUUUUUAAUUAAAUUAAUAUCAUCUGAAGAUGUUCAAGAUACAUACAAAUUAUAAUUACAAUAUAAAUUUUCACCAAUCACAAUCAAUGCUAAAUUACCAGAUAAAGCUAAUCUUUUUGAUAUGGUUUAUGAUAGACAUAAAAACAAUUUCAUAAGUUGGACAUAAACUUAACCACCUUUUGUGAUACCAAAAGGAUGUGAUUAUCAUGAUCUACUAAUACCCACUAGUGAUUCAAUUAGAAAUAAUUAUUUCCUUCAUUUAUGUGUUAAAAAUAAAAUACAUCUUCUUGUUUCUGGACCUACAGGUACUGGUAAAACAUCUAAUAUUGUAAGUGAAAUCAAUAAAAAUUACUUUAAUACAGAAUAUACAAAUUUGAUCACUGCAUUUUCAGGAUAAACUUUAGUAAAUUAAGUUUAAAAAACAAUAGAAGCUAAGGUUAAUUCAAGAAGAAGAAAAGGAUACUUUGGACCUGAAGAAGGUAAAAAAAGCAUUGUGAUCUUUAUUGAUGAUUUAAAUAUGCCAGCAAAAGAAAAAUAUGGAGCAUAACCUCCUAUAGAAUUGUUAAGACAAUGGAUGGAUACAGGAGGAUGGUAUGAUUUAGAAACAAAAGAACCUAAAUACCUUUAAGGAAUUACAUUUAUAGCAAGCAUGUUACCACCUACAGGGGGAAGGAAUGUUGUCAGUAUGAGAUAUUUAAGACAUUAUGUUCUAUUAUAUGUAGAACCUUUUGAAGGAGAUUCAUUACAAAGGAUAUUUUAAAAUGUGUUGGAAUGGUAUUAUGCUAGACAAUCAAAUCCAUUUAUGAAAUCUAUUACAAAUCUUAGAGAUUAGACAGUUAAUGCCACUCUAGAUAUAUAUUAAUUAAUCUAAACAUGUAAAGAACUUUUACCUACUCCAGCUAAAUCACAUUAUAUUUAUAAUCUUAGAGAUAUCAGUAAAGUUUUCUAAGGAAUUUCAAAAGGAGUAAUUAAAUCAUUUAGGGAUGAAAAUGAUUUCAUUAAAUUAUGGGCACAUGAAUGUCAACGUGUAUUUUAGGAUAGAUUAAUUAAUGAAGAUGAUUAGGGAACUUUUGAUAAGAUUCUAAAGGAAACCAUUUUAAAACAUUUUAAACGAGAUUGGAAAUAAUUAGUAUAAAUAGAGCCACUUUUAUGGGCUUCAUUUGUUCCUACACUCUAUCCUGAUGAUGAUAGAACAAAGAGACCAUUAACAGAUAUCUAUUGUGAAUUAACAGAUAGAGAGACACUUAAAAAAAUAUGUUAAGAAUAAUUAAAUGAAUAUAAUUCAUAAUAUACUAGUAAUAGAAUGGAAUUAGUGUUAUUUAUGAAUGCUAUUUAACAUGUGCUUAAAAUAGUACGUGUUGUUAAUACUACAUUUGGUCAUGCUUUAUUGGUAGGAGUUGGAGGAUCUGGAAGAAAGAGCUUGGCAUAAUUAGCUUCAUUUAUUGCAUUUCAAAAUGAAACAUUACAAAUAGACUCAAGAAAUUGGAUAGAAGAAUUGUAAAAGGUUAUGAAAAUGGGAGGAAUAGAUUAGAAAGAAUUUGUGUUUAUGUAUUCAGAUACUUAGAUAAUUAAGGAAUCAAUGGUUGAGGAUAUUUGUAAUAUCUUAAAUAAUGGUGAAGUACCUAAUUUAUUCCCACCUGAAGAGAAAAGUAAAAUUAUUGAAGAAAUGAGCAGUUAUACUUCUGGUACACCUAAUGAGAAAUAUAGUUAUUUUGUUAAAUAAUGCAAGAAGAAUUUACAUCUUGUGAUUUGUAUGUCACCUGUUGGAGAAGCAUUUAGAAGAAGAUUGCGUACUUUCCCUGCUUUGGUUAAUUGUACAACAAUUGAUUGGUUUUUACCAUGGCCAGAAGAAGCACUUAGGUCAACUGCUGAUGCUGUAUUUACAAGAGAUAUGAAUAUCACUGAUACUAAAUUAAGAUAAGGUUUAGUUGAUAUUGCAGUUGAUAUGUAGAUGAGAGUUUCUGAUCUAACCAAAAGAUAUUAUAAUGAAUUAAGAAGAUAUUAUUAUGUUACUCCAACUUCUUAUUUGGAAUUACUAAAUACAUUUAAAAGACUAAAAUCAGAUAGAGAUCAAAAUAUGAUUAAAAUGAUUUCUCGUUAUGAGGCAGGUGUAGAUAAGAUUAUCGUUACAGAGAGUGAAGUAAGUAAAAUGUAAAAGGAAUUAGAAGAUUUAUAACCAAAAUUGGAGUAGGCUACUAAAGAUAAUAGUGUAAUGUUGAUUAAUUUGUAAAAGAAAUAGAAAGAAGCUGAUGCAAGAAAGUAGGUUUGUUAAUAAGAAGAGAAAGAUUGCAAUGUAUAAAGAGAUGCAGCAAAUGCUUUAAGGAAUGAUUGUUAAAAUGAUCUAGAUAAAGUGUUGCCUAUUUUGGCUCAAGCUGCUGAAGCAUUGGAAAAGAUUGAUAAAAAUGAUAUGGUGCAAUUGAAAUCAUUUCCUAAGCCUCCCCCUUCUGCUGCUAUUGUUAUGGAAGGUUUAUGUUACAUCUUUUAAGAAGAUCAAAAUGUUCCAUGGAAACCAAAGGAACCAGGUUCAAUUGAAAAAGUUUAAGAUUUUUGGGAGUAUUCUAAAAAGAAUCUUUUGAAUGAUAAAUUGAUUAAAAGAAUUAAGGAUUUUAGAGAUGAUUCAAUUAGAUCUAUUCCUCAAGCAAAAAUUAAUAAAUUAAAAGCAUUUUCACAAAAUCCAUUAUUUUAAAAAGAUAAAGUAUUUAAUGCAUCAGUUGCUGCUGGUAAUCUAAGUUUAUGGGUGAGAGCAGUUGUAGAAACUUAUGAUGCAUUAUUAGUUGUAGAUCCUAAGAGAUAACAAUUACUUGAAGCUGAAGCCAAAUUAAAGGAAGCCGAAGAUACUCUAAGAGUUAAGUAAGAAGCAUUAUAAGAAGUGCUUGAUAUGUUGGCUAAAUUAGAAGCAGAAUAUAAUAAAGCUAAAUAGGAAAAAGAAGAUUUAGAAGCCAAGGUUAAUAAAUGUAAAAUCUAAUUGAGUAGAGCAGAGAAAUUAAUUACAGAAUUAGGAGGAGAGAAAGAGAGUUGGAAAAAGAAGGCUGCUGAUUUUAGAGUUGAUUCUAAAACAAUUGUUGGUGAUUGUAUAUUAUCAUCAGGAAUUGUCGCAUAUUUAGGAGCAUUUCCUAUUGCUUAUAGAGAUGAUACAAUAAAAGCAUGGUAAGGUUUAUUAGCUAAAUUAAAUUUGGAAUAUGAUCCAGAUUACUCAUUAUAAAAAAUAUUAUGUGAUCCAAUAACAAUGGGAUAAUGGACUAAUGUAUAAAAGUUACCAAAUGAUUCAUUUUCUAUUGAUAAUGCAAUUAUCUUAAAAAAUUCAACAAGAUGGCCUUUAAUGAUAGAUCCUUAAACAUAAGCAAAUACAUGGGUUAAGCAUAUGGAAAUGAAACAUGGAGAGAAUUAAUCUUUGGUUAUUGUGAGACCUACAUAAUCUUCUAAUGUAUUAUCUAAGACAUUGGAAAGUGCUUUACAAUUUGGUUAAAGUGUAUUAUUAGAGAAUGUAGGAGAGAGCAUAGAUGCUAUUUUUGAAUCAAUUUUACAAUAAAAAAUUAUCAAAUAAGGUUCAGCUUAUAAAUUAAAAUUUGGAGAUAAGAUGGUUGAUUAUUCAAGAGAUUUCAAAUUCUAUAUGACAACUAAAUUAGCAAGACCUCAUUAUCCACCUGAAAUUUGUGUCAAAGUGACAAUGUUAAAUUUCUAAGUUACUUAAGAAGGAUUAGAAGAUCAAAUGUUAAAUAUUGUAGUAAAAAUAGAAGAACCUGCAAAAGAUGAAUAAAGAUAGAGGAAUAUAAAGGAAUUCUUUGAAAAUAAGAAUAAAUAAAAAAUGACUGAAGAUAAUAUUUUAUAAUUAUUAUAAGAGUCUAAAGGAAAUCUAUUAGAUGAUGAAGUAUUAAUUGACACUCUCUAAAGAUCCAAAGCAGAAUCAAUAACUAUAUAAGAUAAAUUGAAGAAAUAAGAAUAGGAUAGAGAAUAAUUUAAUCAGAUUCGUAAUUUCUAUAGAGAAGUUGCAAAGAGAGUUGCAAAUUUAUAUUUUGUUGUUUUAGAUCUUUCAUUAAUUGAACCAACUUAUCAAUGGUCUUUAGAAUUUUAUAUCAUAUUAUUUGAAAGAGCAAUCAGAGAAUCUAUUUAAGGAAAAGAAAAUAGAAGUAAAAAUAUAAUAGAUAAAUUUUAAAUAUCUUUAUAUGAGAGUAUUUGUAGAUCUCUUUUAGAGAAAGAUAAAUUAAUAUUUUCUUUCUUGAUGACAAUGAAAGUGAUGUAAAGUGAUGGUAAGAUUACUCCUUAAGAGAUUCGUUUUACUAUGGUAGGAGGAACAUACACAGAUCCUACAUAUCAUUAACCUUAAGCUGAAUGGAUUUCAAAAAAGACAUGGUGUUUAAUAACUGAGGCAGCUGAUGUAAUGACAUGCUUCAAAGGAUUACCUGAAUCAUUUACAAAGAAUCUUGAUGCUUGGCAAGAGAUAUAUGACAGUUCUGAACCACAAACAUAAAAAUUACCAGAACCUUGGGCUUCAUCUUUAUCAGCCUUUUAGAAAUUAAUGAUUUUAAGAAUAAUUAGGCCAGAUAAAUUUGCUAAUGCAACAUAAAAUCUUAUUAUUACAGAAAUGGGUAAAUAAUUCAUGGAUCCUCCUCCAUUUAAUUUAGAGUAUGCUUAUAAAGAUGCAGAUGCAUUCACACCUUUGAUUUUUAUUUUAUCACCUGGUGCAGAUCCUCGUUUGGAAAUAUAAGCUUUAGCAGAUAAAUUUGGAUUUAGAUAAAACUUUAUACCACUUUCAUUGGGUUAAGGAUAAGGAGAAAUAGCAACAAAUGCUAUUAAAGGAGCUGUAAAAGAUGGUAAAUGGGUAUUAUUAUAAAAUUGCCAUCUUGCUCCAUCAUUUAUGCCUGAAUUGGAGAGAAUUCAUGAAUAAGAAAUUUGUGCAAAACCAGAUGUAAAUACAGAUUUCAGAAUAUGGUUAACUUCAAUGCCAUCUAAUGUAUUUCCUGUUACUCUUUUGAUGAAAGGUAUUAAGAUGACUUAUGAACCACCAAGAGGAUUAAAAAAUAAUAUGUUAAGAAACUUUUCAUCAAUUGAUGCUAAAAGUUUUGAAUAAUGUAAAAAACCUGUAGAAUGGAAGAAAUUAUUCUUUGGAUUAAAUUUCUUCCAUGCUGUUUGUUUAGAGAGACGUAAGUAUGGACCUCUUGGAUGGAACAUUCCUUAUGAGUUUACAUCUGCUGAUCUUGCAAUAUCUGUAUCAUAAUUAAAGAAUUUCCUUGAUACAUUUGAAGAUAUUCCAUGGGAAGCUCUUAAUUAUAUGGUUGCUGAAGCUAAUUAUGGUGGUAGAGUAACAGAUCCCAAAGAUAGAAGAUUAAUUGCCAUUUUACUCAAAUAAUUUUAUACAACUGAUGUGUUAUAGAUUGAUAAACAUAAAUUAAGUCCAAGUGGAACAUAUUACAUACCUCCAAAUGGAAUUUUAGAAGAUUACAAAGAAUACAUAAGAAAUUUACCUUUAAAUGAUUAAACUGAAGUAUUUGGAUUACAUGAUAAUGCAGAAAUCUCAUCAGCAAUUAUUGAAACUAAUUUCAUAACAUCAACUAUAUUAUCAUUACUACCAAGAUCAACUGGUGGUGCUGGAGCAUCUGCAGAGGAUCUUAUAAAGGAAAAAUGUAAAUAGAUUUUAUCUAAAUUACCCAAAAAAUUCAAUGUUGAAGAAGCUGCUCGUAAACAUCCUGUUUAAUAUAAUCAAAGUAUGAAUACAGUCUUGUAAUAAGAAUUGAUUAGAUUUAAUAAAUUAUUAUAAGCAGUUACCUAAUCUUUAAUUGAUUUAGGUAAGGCAAUUGAUGGUUUAGUUGUUAUGAGUGCAGAUUUAGAAUAAGUCUUUAAUAAAGUAUUUGAUAAUCAAGUUCCUGAUAUUUGGCAUAAGGUGGCUUAUCCAUCACUUAAACCACUAGGAUCUUGGAUUAAUGAUUUUAUUGAAAGAUUGCAUUUUAUGUAAUUAUGGAUAGAUAAUGGUGCACCACCUACUUUUUGGGUAUCUGGAUUCUUUUUCACUUAAUCCUUUUUAACUGGUACAUUAUAGAAUUUUGCUAGAAAGGUAUAAAUAGAUUAUAUAAUUAGUACUAAAUUCCUAUAGAUACAUUGUCUUUUGAAUUUAUAGUGAUCCCUCCUUCAUCAUAAGAGUAUGAUCUCACUAAACCACCUGAUGAUGGAUGUUAUAUAUAUGGUUUAUUCCUUGAUGGAGCUAGAUGGGAUGAAGAAAAUAGAUGUCUUAAUGAAAGUUUACCUAAAAUCUUGUAAUAUUCAGUACCAUAUCUAUGGUUAUUGCCAAGUGAGGAGAAGAAAGAUUGGGAAGCAGAUACAACUGUAAGAAAAUUAUUUAAUUUUAAUUAGGUUUAUGAAUGUCCAGUUUAUAAAACUUCAAGAAGAGCAGGUACAUUAUCAACUACUGGUCACUCUACCAACUUUGUAAUAUCUGUAUAUUUACCUAUUUCACCUGAUCAUCAUCCCUACCAUUGGGUUAAAAGAGGAGUAGCAAUUCUAUGCUAGACAGAUGAUUGA